AUGUCGCUCGAGUCGCACUAUCCUUCCAACUGUCCAUUCUGUCGUAUCAGCGAAGCGUAUCCUGCUUCAUCCGGCAACCCAAUACCCUCGGCUCCUGAUCCAACCCUCGUUGAUCCCAAUGCCUUUGUUAUCUUAUCCUCUGAUCAUGUCCUUGCCUUUCUGGACAUUCUGCCAAUGACCACUGGACAUGUCCUGCUCACCACACGCGUGCACCACGAGAAACUCAGUGAAGUGCCCAUUGGCCCUACUGCCCAGGCCCUAGGCUACUGGAUGCCGCUCAUGUCAAGAGCUCUUGCGAAAACACUCGAUGUCGAGGACUGGAACGUCGUGCAGAACAACGGAAUUCGUGCCGCCCAGGUCGUGCCCCAUGUACAUUUCCACUUCAUUCCUAGAUUCCCAGAAGGCCGUCGCCCACCGUCCAAGAAGACCAAGGGCGACACGUUCGAGAUCAAGAGCUGGAAGAUGUUUGGUCGAGGCCAGAGAGAAGAGCUAGAUGAGGAAGAGGCCGUCGUCUUGGCCCAGAAGAUUCGCGACGCCUUGAAACGAGAGGUUGAGGCUCUGGAAAAGGAUACCGUCAAGUUGUGA